GGCGGCGGCAGGAGGAGCCGGGGCAGCCCCGGGAGCCGAAGGAGGAGAGGCUUCAAGCGCGGGAGCCGAGCGAGCGCGAUGCCGGCUGCGGCGGGGGACGGGCUCUUGGGCGAGCCGGCGGCGCCGGGGGGCGACGGAGGCGCGGAGGACACGGCCAGGCCGGCGGCGGCCUGCGAGGGAAGUUUCCUGCCCGCCUGGGUGAGCGGCGUGUCCCGCGAGCGGCUCCGGGACUUCCAGCAUCACAAGCGCGUGGGCAACUACCUCAUCGGCAGCAGGAAGCUGGGAGAAGGCUCCUUCGCCAAGGUGCGCGAGGGGCUGCACGUGCUGACCGGAGAGAAGGUGGCCAUCAAAGUCAUUGAUAAGAAGAGAGCCAAAAAGGAUACCUACGUUACCAAAAACCUGCGUCGAGAGGGGCAGAUCCAGCAGAUGAUCCGCCAUCCCAACAUCACGCAGCUCCUGGACAUCUUAGAGACAGAGAACAGCUACUACCUGGUCAUGGAGCUGUGUCCCGGCGGCAACCUCAUGCACAAGAUCUACGAAAAGAAGCGGCUAGAUGAGGCGGAGGCCCGCAGAUACAUCCGGCAGCUCAUCUCUGCCGUGGAACACCUGCACCGUGCCGGGGUGGUGCACAGAGACUUGAAGAUAGAGAAUUUGCUCCUAGAUGAAGACAAUAAUAUCAAGCUGAUUGACUUUGGUUUGAGCAACUGUGCAGGGAUCCUGGGUUACUCUGACCCAUUCAGCACACAGUGUGGCAGCCCUGCCUAUGCCGCCCCAGAACUGCUUGCCAGGAAGAAAUAUGGCCCCAAAAUUGAUGUCUGGUCAAUAGGUGUGAACAUGUAUGCCAUGUUGACCGGGACCCUGCCUUUCACCGUGGAGCCUUUCAGCCUGAGGGCUCUGUACCAGAAGAUGGUGGACAAAGAAAUGAAUCCCCUCCCGACCCAGCUCUCCACAGGGGCCAUCAACUUUCUGCGCUCUCUCCUGGAACCAGACCCAGUGAAGAGGCCCAAUAUCCAGCAAGCGCUGGCAAAUCGUUGGCUAAAUGAGAAUUACACUGGGAAAGUGCCCUGCAACGUCACCUACCCCAACAGGAUUUCUCUGGAGGAUCUGAGCCCCAGCGUGGUGCUGCACAUGACUGAAAAGCUGGGCUACAAGAACAGUGACGUCAUCAACACGGUGCUCUCCAACCGCGCCUGCCACAUCCUGGCCAUCUACUUCCUGUUGAACAAGAAACUUGAGCGUUAUCUGUCAGGGAAAUCGGACAUCCAAGACAGCAUCUGCUACAAGACCCAGCUCUACCAGAUAGAGAAGUGCAGAGCUACCAAGGAACCCUAUGAGGCCUCCCUGGAUACCUGGACAAAGGACUUUGAACUCCAUGCUGUGCAGGAUAAAAAGCCCAAAGAACAAGAUAAAAGAGCUGAUUUUCUUCAUCGUCCAUUUUCCAAGAAGUUGGACAAGAGCCUGUCUUCUCACAAACAGCCGUUGCCCUCACUGAUCACACAGAUCCAGAAUACCAAAGCCCUGCUCAAAGACCGGAAGGCCUCCAAGUCAGGCUUCGGCGACAAAGACUCCUUCGGCUGCCGAAAUCUUUUCCGAAAGACCUCAGAUUCCAAUUGUGUGGCCUCCUCUUCCAUGGAAUUCAUCCCUGUCCCACCUCCCAGGACACCAAGGAUUGUAAAGAAGCAAGAGGCACACCAGCCAGGGCCGGGAAGUGCCAGCGUGCUCCCCAAGGAAGAGCCCCUGCUGCUGGACAUGGUUCGCUCCUUUGAGUCAGUGGAUCGAGAGGACCACAUAGAACUGCUGUCCUCUUCCCACCAUUAUAGGAUCCUGAGCUCCCCUGUGAGCUUGGCGCGUAGGAAUUCUGGUGAGAGGACACUCUCCCCAGGGCUGCUGUCCGGAAGCACGUCACCUCUCCAAACGCCUCUGCAUUCCACGCUGGUCUCUUUCACUCACGAAGAAAAGAACAGCCCCCCGAAAGAGGAGGGUGUGUGUUCACCACCUCCGGUCCCCAGCAAUGGCCUCCUGCAGCCUCUGGGGAGCCCCAACUGUGUGAAAAGCAGGGGAAGGUUCCCCAUGAUGGGCAUUGGACAGAUGCUCAGGAAGCGGCACCAGAGCCUGCAGCCUUCCUCAGAGAGGUCCCUGGAGGCCAGUAUGUCCCCUCUGCAGCCCACAGCCCCCUCCAGCCUCUCCUUCGACAUGGCCGACGGUGUCAAGGGCCAGUGUUGACCUAGGAUGGUGAGAUUCUGGGUCUCUGAGGAAGGCCGUGGAAUGGCGUUCCACACAUGCUUCAGGGCACGAGUGAACAAGCCUACGGGAGCAUCUUUCAUUCUUUUAUUCCUGCUACACGAAGUCCCACGCUCAUAUCAGCUAAAAUCCACAGACUCUAAGUCCACACACUCACUUAGGGACCCUGGGAGAUGCUGAGAU